UGAUCGCAGAAAUCGGCGCGAACGGGUGGUGUACCAGAAACAAAAAAUAGAACGAAACGGCACCAAAUCGGUUGGUAUCGGAAUAGUUAAGAAGAGAUACAGAACUUAAGAAAACUUGACAGUAUUCCAAAGUUUGAUUGACAAGUGAUAUACGUAGCAGCUUAGGAGGAACCGAGGAACAUCAUACACACACAACACACAGAAUGGCGCCUCGCAACAAGGAACAGGAACAGGAAGUUCUGGAAUGGAUCAGCGCAGUGCUGGGUGAGAAACUGCCACCGGGGGCCUACGAGGAUGUACUGAAGGACGGCGUUGUCCUGUGCAAGCUGGCCAACAAACUGGCACCGGGUUCGGUGAAGAAGAUUCAAGAACGUGGCACAAACUUCCAGCUGAUGGAGAACAUUCAGCGAUUCCAAGCCGCCAUCAAGAAGUACGGCGUCCCGGAGGAGGAAAUCUUCCAAACUGCAGAUCUGUUCGAGCGACGUAACAUCCCCCAGGUCACCCUCUGUUUGUAUUCGCUUGGACGAAUUACCCAAAAACACCAGGAAUACACCGGACCAACCCUGGGACCGAAGAUGGCGGACAAAAACGAGCGUACCUUCACCGAGGAACAGCUGCGAGCCAACGAGGGUCAGCUGAACCUGCAGAUGGGCUUCAACAAGGGCGCUUCCCAGUCCGGCCACGGUGGAUUCGGAAACACGCGUCACAUGUAAAGCCGACUGCCUA